ACACUUGCUAGAGUGAUGUGAUGUUAAUGCAUUAGAAUGGAUAGAGUUGUUCAACCAGGUCAAUCAUAUACGCAGGCAGUGGUGGGGAUUCAUCCACAGAUUAGGGAGUUCCCUAAUAGUGAAAGGUCAUUGCGUGACAAGGAAGUGCAAUUUGUGGAGAAGGAGGCGGUUAUUAGGGAGUUUCCUAGUAGUGAAAGGUCAUUACGUGAGAAAGAAGUGCAAUUUGUGGAGAAGGAGGUAGUUGGAUCUUGCGUUAAGGAUGUUGUAGGUAACAGGUUGGUGGAGGAUAUAACUGAACAGUCUAACAAGGAGGUUAUUGAGUUUGUACCAAUGAAGGAGGAGACCAAAUCGCUUGAAGGAAGUAUGAUUGCUAUAGUAAAAUUGGUAACAUCGAUAUCUAGUAUUCAGGAAAGAGUAGAUGUGGAUGGGGGGGGUGAUUACCUUAUCGCCAUUGGGAGGAAGAAAGUUGAGGAGCAGAUGUAUAAAGUUGGGGUGGUAGAGGAAGAAUGGCGUUCUGAUCCCGAUUGUUUGUUGUUGGACAGUCAUAGAGAAGGAAGGAGAUUUGAAUUCAAACAAGACUGUGUAAUAGACAACAGUGAUAGCAUGUCUUCUGAAACGAAGGAUGUAGGAGAUGAGUAUAGUGGGCCUAAUAAAAGUAAUGGGCUGGUAAGGGAUAUGCGGGUUGGGCCUGAUGAGGUCUAUGGGCCUAAUGAGGUCUAUGGGCCUGAUGCAAAGGUAUCUCAAAGGAGGGCCAGUGUUGAUAAUGAAAUACAAUCUGGAGCAGAUAAAGAACAUGUUUUAACCCCUAUUCAAAAUCAGAAAAAUAGGGGAGUGACGAGAAGGAGGCGGAAGCAGAUUGUGGAGUGCUACCCACAAAAUUUGGUAGAAAUUGGAGACAAGUGCAGUCAAUGGGUCACGGCAAGGUCUAAGCAGGGACAAAGAUGGAAGCAGGCUCAACAGGACGUAGUUGUGAAGGGAAUGAAAAGAACUGUAUCAUAUCACUAUGUUGUUGUCUUGAAAACAAGUAGUGUAGAUUUGGGUCCAAAGCCGUUUCGAGUAUUAGAUGCAUGGCAGCAGCUUCUAGAUUUUAGAAGAGCCGUGGAAGGCAGAUGGAGAGAGUUGGAGGUUGAAGGAUAUGUAGGUCAUCAAUGCAAACAAAAGUUAAAGUUGUUGAACGAAUUUUUAAAGGGUUGGAACAGGGAUGUGUUUGGGGAUAUGGAGGCUCAACUUGAAAAGACAGCUGAAAUGGUAGAAAGGAUUGACAAGAAGAAUAAAGAUUUUGAUCUGGAAGAGUUCGAAUUGAGUCAAAGACAAAGAGUCCAAGAAAUGUGGUCUAUUUUGAGGAAAAAUGAGGCUAUAUGGAGGCAAAAAUUGAGAAGUAAUUGGGUGCAAUUGGGAGAUCUAAACACCAAAUUUUUCCAGAACAUUGCUAAUGCUUUAAAUGAAGUUGUGGAUGAAGUCAAGAAGAGCAAACAACAGGCUUUUGUUUUCAAAGCAGGUUUCGCAAAAGUGUAUGAUUGUGCUGAUUGGUCAUUUUUAGAUUUGAUGAUGGAAAGGUUUGGCUUUGGAUCUAGGUGGAGAGGAUGGAUUAAGGAGUGCUUAUCAACAACAAAGGUUUCGGUUUUAGUCAAUGGCAAUUCCACUAAGGAGUUUGAGAUUGGAAAAGGGUUAAGGGGUGUUGAAAUUGGGAAGAGGGAUCUGGUUGUAUCUUUGCUACCAUUUACCGAUGAUACAGUAAUUUUGGGUAAAGCUGAUGGGGAGAAUGUUUUUAUGGUGAAGGGAGGUCUAGGAGUGCUAGAUUUAAGAAGGAGAAAUUGGGCAUUAUUAGGGAAGUGGUGCUCUCGAUUUGGUGAUGGUGUGGAGAGUUUAUUGAAGUGGGUAGUAAGGGAAAAAUAUUAUGAGGGUCAGUGUGAGGUGGAUAUAACAUCAAUUGCACAUUUAAAAGUAUCAAAGAUGUGGAAGGAUAUUAUUAGUAUAGGUGGGAGAUUGGUUAGGUUGAGGGAUAUGUUGGUGAAUGAGUUUAGAUGGGAGGUGGGGUGUGGUGGUAGGGUGGGAGUCUUGAGGGAGAAUUGGGUGGGUAGUAAACCUUUAAGGGAUUUAUGUCCUACACUAUAUGGAUUAGCUAUGAAUAAGGAAGGCUUGGUUAGUGAGAUGGGGCAAUGGGAAAGUGAUAGGUGGCGAUGGAAUAUGGCAUGGAAAAGGGAGAGAAAGGGGCGAGAAAAGAUGAGGAGAAGGUCUUGUGGGGGGUACUGGAUAGUAUACACUUAAAGAAAGGUAUGGGGGAUUGUUGGAUUUGGGCAUAUGAUCUGGGAGGAAGAUGGGAAAGAGACUGUUGUUGUUAUUAUUGUUAUUGUUGUUAUUAUUGUUGUUAUGAUGGUGUUGUUGGUGUGGUGUUGUUGGUGUGAUGUUGUUGUUGUUAUUGUUGUUGUUAUUGUUGUUGUUAUUGUUGUUAUUAUUGUUGUUAUUAUUGUUAUUGUGAUAGUACCAUUUUUCAUUGAUAUUAGUCCUCCUUGUUGUCUUUUCCGUUUUCCAUCUCUUAAAAACCACAGUGAAGAGAUCCCAUGACAAUUCAAUUAGCAGCACCGUCAUUCUUGCUUUGCUAUUAACAGUGGCUUUUUUAGAGAGUUUCGAGAACUUGAAAAAAUUUUUAGUCGCUUG